CUCGUCCGUUGUUUGGGGGCUUUUUUUAGGGCAUGGGGCUGUCUCCUUUCGAUGCUCCCGAAGACUGGACCGGAGCAAGGCGGCUCCAUGUUGUGCUUUAUGCUAGCCCAUUUUUCUCAGCACGCACUGACAGCUCGGGGGUCUCCCGCUCAUGCUCCUCCAUCCUAACCUUCUUUUUGCUGCGGACCGGAGCCUAAUGUAGCGAAUAUUCUGUUCGCACGCUCUUCGACCGAUAUCGAGGCAUGUUGCAAUUUUCCCCCUGCUCUAUGCAUACGCUCGCUUCGCCAGACUCCAGGUGAGGUUGAACGGUCUUGUCGCCAAGUUGAGAACCGACAUCACCAGCAAACAUGGCGGGAUAUCCAGGUGGCCAGGACAGCUACCAUCACAGCGGCCAAAGCCGCGGGCCUGGUGAUCUUGACUUGCAAUACGACGAUGCCCGCAGCUACGAUCACGAAAACGAAACUCGCGCUUACCAUGGAGAUGACGGCUAUUACGAUGAAUCGGGUUACUACAAUGCGGAACCCAACAACCCGUACCAUCUCAACGGCGGGUAUUACAACUCGAACGAACAAUGGGAGGCUGAAUACGACAAUGGUUUCCACGGGAACAAUUCGUAUGAUCAGUACCAUGAUGAGCCAUACGGUACCCAUCCCAUGGACCGGAGUGCGGGAAGCCGCGGGGAAACUCCGAUCGAUCUCGCAGCGGCUCAUCAUGACCCGGCGGACGACUACUACAGCAACUAUGAAGGGGUAGACCGUGAAUACCGUCCGUCGUCGGCAUGGGGUGGUUUCACGGACAACCAAUCGUCACGCCAUUCGGCCGGCAGCAACUAUGGCUAUGAUCAGCCUAUCGAGCAGCGCUCACGGGAACCCUACCCCGCUUGGUCUUCCGACGCCAACAUUCCAGUAUCAAAAGAGGAAAUUGAAGACAUAUUCAUGGACCUGGCUGCAAAAUUUGGGUUUCAGCGCGACAGCAUGCGCAACAUGUACGAUCACCUCAUGACACUUCUUGAUUCACGAGCGUCCCGCAUGCCUCCAAACCAAGCCCUGCUCUCCCUUCACGCCGACUACAUCGGCGGUGACAACGCGAACUAUCGGAAAUGGUACUUUGCGUCACAAAUGGAUCUUGAGGAUGCCACGGGUACCUCGAAUGUCAACAAUCAAGGCUUACGGCGCAAGGACAAAGGCAAAAAGAAGAAGAAGAAGGGCGGCGGCGACAAUGACAACGGACCAGAGGCUCUCGAGGGACUUGAAGAUGACUUGAGCCUCGAGGGCUCCGAGGAACGAUGGCUAUCUCGAAUGAACCGAAUGUCUCAGCACGACCGCGCACGCCAAGUUGCUCUCUAUUUAUUGUGCUGGGGCGAGGCUAAUCAAGUCCGCUUCAUGCCCGAGUGUCUCUGCUUUAUUUUCAAGUGUGCCGAUGACUACCUCAACUCGGCCGCUUGUCAAGCCAAGGUAGAGCCCGUUGAAGAGUUCGCUUACCUCAACAAUGUCAUCACGCCCUUAUACCAAUUCUGUCGCGACCAAGGCUAUGAAAUUCUCAAUGGUGUUUACGUUCGCCGCGAACGGGAUCACAAGAACAUUAUUGGCUAUGACGAUUGCAACCAGCUUUUCUGGUACGCAGAAGGCAUCGAUCGACUUAUUCUCGAAGACAAAACAAAGCUGGUUGACGUACCGCCUACUGAGAGGUACCUCAAAAUGAACCAGAUCAAUUGGAAGAAGUCUUUCUUCAAGACAUAUAAGGAAACGCGAUCGUGGUUUCACCUUUUGGUCAAUUUCAAUCGUAUCUGGAUUAUUCACAUAACGAUGUUCUGGUUUUACACAGCGCACAACGCUCCGACAUUACUCCUCGGUUCAGAAUACGAGCAACAAGUGGACAAUCAGCCACGCGGGUCUCAACAAUUUGCCGUCGUUGGCUUCGGAGGAGCCCUGGCAACUCUCAUUCAGAUACUUGCCACAAUCGCCGAGUGGGCUUAUGUUCCACGCCGGUGGACUGGUGCGCAGCAUCUUACGAAACGAUUGCUUUUUCUAAUCGUCAUAUUCAUCCUCAACGUUGGACCCGGAGUCAAAGUAUUCAUGAAACCCACUCCUGUUAGCGAUGGAGGUGUCGAUGUCGACCUCAUUGUUGGCAUUGUUCAUUUCAUCAUCGCCCUUUUGACGUUCCUUUUCUUUGCCGUCAUGCCUCUCGGUGGCCUUUUUGGCAGCUAUUUGUCGACAAAGUCGAGGCGCUAUAUUGCAAGCCAGACGUUUACGGCCAGCUGGCCGAGGCUUUCGGGCGAUGGCAUGGCUAUGUCAUUCGGACUUUGGGUCGCAAUCUUUGGCUUGAAGCUAGGAGUUUCCUAUAAGUCCCUAACGCUUUCUUUCAGAGAUGUUAUCCGUUACCUCUCGAUUUUCCACCCAGUAUGCCAAGGCGAAAACAUUAUUGGCAAAUCUCUCUGCGAAUACCACCCGGUCAUUCUCCUAGCUCUCAUGGCUCUCACCGAUUUAUUCUUCUUCUUUCUGGAUACAUACCUAUUUUACGUCCUCUUCAACACGCUAUUUUCGGUUGCGCGGUCGUUCUAUAUAGGGUCAUCGAUUUUGACCCCGUGGAGGAACAUUUUCUCCCGCCUGCCGAAGAGAAUUUACUCCAAGAUUCUCGCAACGACGGACAUGGAGAUCAAAUACAAGCCUAAAGUUCUGAUUUCGCAAAUUUGGAACGCCGUUGUCAUCUCUAUGUACCGCGAGCACCUUCUUUCUAUCGACCACGUUCAGAAGCUUCUUUAUCACCAAGUCCCGUCCGAAGAAGAAGGGAAACGGACCCUACGAGCUCCCACCUUUUUUGUAUCUCAGGAAGACCACUCUUUCAAGACUGAGUUCUUCCCUAGUUACAGUGAGGCUGAGCGUCGAAUCUCGUUUUUCGCACACUCGUUGUCAACUCCGAUUCCCGAGCCCCUCCCGGUCGACAAUAUGCCAACCUUUACUGUCAUGAUCCCUCACUAUAGCGAGAAGAUUCUAUUAUCUCUCCGAGAGAUUAUAAGAGAAGAUGAACCGUACUCGCGGGUGACUCUAUUAGAGUACCUCAAACAGCUGCACCCACACGAAUGGAAUUGCUUUGUUACCGACACGAAGAUCCUGGCCGAUGAAACUGAACAAGCAAAUGGCGGUGGAUUCGAGAAAAACGACCAAAGCGAUGCUAAGUCAAAAAUCGAUGACCUACCAUUUUAUUGCAUUGGAUUUAAGAGUUCAGCCCCCGAAUAUGCACUCCGAACUCGCAUCUGGGCGUCACUCCGUUCCCAAACCUUAUACCGCACCGUCUCCGGAUUCAUGAACUAUAGUCGGGCCAUUAAGCUCCUAUAUCGCGUCGAGAACCCAGAGGUUGUUCAAGCCUUUGGUAACCGCUCUGAUCGGCUUGAAAGGGAGCUCGAACGAAUGGCUCGCCGGAAGUUCAGAAUUCUAGUUUCCAUGCAACGGUAUUCGAAAUUCACCAAGGAAGAGAUGGAAAACGCGGAGUUCCUGCUUCGCGCGUAUCCAGACAUGCAAAUAGCUUUUCUCGACGAAGAACCGCCUGAGUCAGAGGGCGAUGAGCCCCGGAUUUAUUCCUCUUUGGUUGACGGCUACUGCGAGCUUCUCGAGAAUGGCAGGCGCAAGCCGAAAUUCCGCGUUCAGCUCUCGGGAAAUCCCAUCUUGGGCGACGGAAAGUCAGACAACCAGAAUCACGCCUUAAUUUUCUACCGCGGAGAGUAUAUCCAGCUCAUUGAUGCGAAUCAGGACAACUACCUAGAGGAAUGCCUGAAAAUUCGCAGCGUCCUUGCUGAGUUUGAGGAGAUGCGUCCAGACAAUACCUUGCCGUAUAGCCCCGGAGCCAAAGCCAAGAAGGGCGCUAAAUCGCCAGUAGCGAUUCUUGGAGCCCGCGAAUACAUCUUUUCCGAGAACAUUGGCAUUCUUGGGGACGUUGCUGCUGGAAAGGAACAGACAUUUGGAACACUUUUUGCGCGCACGCUAGCAGAGAUCGGCGGGAAGCUUCAUUACGGGCAUCCCGACUUUCUCCAUGGCAUUUUCAUGACAACACGAGGCGGAGUUUCGAAGGCUCAAAAAGGCCUCCACCUCAAUGAAGACAUCUUCGCCGGAAUGAACGCAAUUCUACGCGGGGGACGGAUCAAGCAUUGUGAAUACUACCAAUGCGGUAAGGGACGCGACUUGGGAUUCGGCUCUAUCCUCAAUUUCACAACGAAAAUCGGGACUGGUAUGGGAGAACAGAUGCUCUCGAGGGAGUAUUACUAUCUCGGCACGCAACUUCCCCUGGAUCGGUUUCUCUCCUUUUACUACGCCCAUGCCGGAUUCCACAUUAACAACCUCUUUAUAAUGGCGUCUAUCCAGCUCUUUAUGCUUACUUUGAUGAACUUUGGUGCGUUGAGACACGAGACGAUCUCUUGCGAUUACAAUCGGAACAAGCCUAUUACGGACCCUUUAACGCCAACAGGCUGUGUCAAUAAUGAUGCUCUUAUGGACUGGGUUCAACGCUGCGUUAUUUCGAUAUUCGUCGUAUUUUUCAUCUCGUUCAUUCCCUUGGUCGUUCAAGAAAUGUCUGAGCGAGGGGUCUGGCGCGGCGCGCUCCGCUUUCUCAAACAGCUCUUUUCCCUAUCCACCUUUUUCGAAGUAUUUGUCUGUCAGAUCUACUCAGAUUCAGUUCAGCAAAACUUGACCUUCGGCGGAGCACGCUAUAUUGGUACAGGACGUGGCUUCGCUACGGCUCGCAUUCCGUUCGGAGUCCUAUAUUCACGAUUUGCGGGACAGUCCAUUUAUUUUGGCGCGAGACUACUAUUAAUGCUCUUAUUCGCCACCGUCACCGUUUGGCAAGCAGCCUUGGUGUACUUCUGGAUUACAUUGAUGGGUCUCACAGUUUCCCCCUUUCUCUUCAACCCACAUCAAUUCUCCUGGAACGACUUCUUUAUAGACUAUCGGGAAUUUCUCCGCUGGCUUUCUCGCGGAAACUCAAGGAGCCACGGAUCGUCAUGGAUUGCCUUUUGCCGCUUAUCCAGGACAAAGACAACGGGGUACAAACGGAAGUUACUUGGCCAGGCUUCAUCCAAGACCUUUACAGAUGUCCCCAGGGCUGCCAUGGCGAACAUUGUCUUUAGUGAAAUCGUCACGCCACUGUUCCAAGUCGCCUGGACGCUUAUACCAUAUCUCUAUAUCAAUGCACAGACCGGCGUGGAAAAGAGCAACAAUCCAGGAGUCAAGGAUAUUCACGCCACGGACGCACUCAUUCGCGUUUUGGUUGUGUCUUUGGCACCUAUUGGCAUCAACGCUGGGGUCCUAUUCGCGAUGUUUGGCAUGGCAUGCUGUAUGGGGCCUGUUCUGAGUAUGUGCUGCAAAAAGGUCGGCUCUGUUCUAGCAGCUAUUGCGCACGGCGCGGCUGUUCUCUUUGCAAUCAUCUUCUUCGAAGCUCUAUUCCUUCUUGAAGGCUUCAACUUCGCACGGACGCUUGCUGGACUGGUUGCAGCAAUUGCCAUUCAGAGGUUUAUAUUUAAGCUCAUUGUGAGCCUGGCCCUGACAAGAGAGAUGAAGACGGAUGAGUCAAAUAUUGCUUUCUGGAACGGCAAGUGGUACUCGAUGGGCUGGCACUCAAUGUCUCAGCCAGCACGAGAAUUGCUUUGCAAAAUUACGGAGCUGAGCAUGUUCGCGGCCGACUUCAUACUUGGCCACUGGCUUCUUUUCCUAAUGAUGCCUGUCGUCUUGGUGCCACAGAUCGACAAACUUCAUUCCAUAAUGCUAUUUUGGCUACGGCCAAGCCGGCAAAUUCGACCACCUAUUUACUCGCAGAAACAGUCAAAGCUCAGGAGACGGCGCGUAAUUCGGUUUGCCUGCCUUUACUUUGCGUUGCUGGCUCUCUUCGUUGGCUUGCUCGUGGGACCGGUGGUUGCAGGUAAAAAGUUACCCGCAGACACCUUUUCUGGUCUUAAGACGUCAGUGUCUUUUGGGGGCAAGCUUUACUUGUUUCAACCUAACCUCCAGAACGACAACACGAAUGGCACCACACAGACAGGAACAGGGCGAGAUGGAUACACUGGCGCGUAUACGCCAUCCACUGCAUCUACAGUAGCAGCGAGGACUACAGCUGUCUAGAAGAACACUGAGCGCGGAGGCGUUUUGCCUGGCACUUGUAACA